CAAAAAACAGUCUGUGAACCGCACUCGUGCUUACUGUUGCAACAAAUAUCAACUUGUAAUCAUCGUAAAUCAAUAAUUAAUCUCAUCAAACGGUCAUGUCUGAUCCUGAAAUUGACAAUUUGAUUCCAGCGCUCGGGAACAAUAUUCCCUCACAAAACUGCCUGCAAGAGUUGCUCAGCACGGCUAUUGAGCUGGAAGCGAAUUGUUUGGAUAAGCAACAACAGCGACAAGAUGUAUCAAUGAAAUUAGAAGCGGUGCGCGCUAAAAUUCAACAAGUCAUCGAGAAAGAAAACGAGUUAAAACGAAACCGUGUACCGGAACAGCAUAAUCAAGGUGAUGUUCAAGAACAUUUAAAGAGUACAAAAGAACGAUUUACUAAACAGUUCAGUAGCCUGCAACGAAGUAUGGGUAUUUCUAUUGCUUGUGCACCGGAGCGGAAACAGUUUGAGAUUUCAUUUACCGAUGAUCAAAGAACAAAGGUUAAGCUUUCAUACAAUGAUAAAGGAAUAACUGUUGAUGAAAUGGAUCCAGCACAUCAAAACAUUGAAGCCAUACGGACGCACCUUCGCGAAACAGGAGACCUGGUGGGCUUUCUUUCUGUGCUGAGAAAAAAGCUAACGUACACUGCCGUCUGACCUUAUCGGAAGUAGGUGUUAGAAAAUAAAUAUGUUUAUUCA